AUGGGCUCCUCAAUAAUCAGCAUCCAACGCGACAUCAUACUCAACACAAUCCGAAAUGCGGGCGGUAAUGAGUGGAAAGUCUUGGUGGUGGACGAACAGAGCAGGAAACUGAUUAAUUCCGCUGUGAAAGAAGAGGAAAUUCUCAACUUGAAUGUCUCCAAUGUUGAACAAAUUGAGCAGCGACGAAUGUCCAAUCCGGAUAUGGACGCGCUAUACAUCCUGACACCAGAGGCAUGGAUCGUCGACUGUCUUAUGGCCGACAUUGAGGUCGGAAGGUACAGGAAGGCAAUCUUGGUUUGGACAUCUUUCCUCGACCCACAGCAACGUGCGCGGCUUGACAGGUCUCAAAUUGCGCGCGAUCGCAUUGCAGAUUAUCGGAUUAUGAACAUCAAUUUCUACCCCAGAGAAUCGCGCGUGGUUACUUUCCGCGAUCCAUGGAGCUUCCCCGUGCUCUUUCAUCCAGGCUGUAACCAUUUGGUCAAGAAUCACCUCCAGGAACUUGCUCAGAAGGUUGUCUCACUUUGUGCCUGUUUGGGCGAAUAUCCUGUCAUCCGGUAUUACCGGCCGCGAGCUCCUACCCACGAAGCCGGUGUUCUUUCCUCCCAUCUGGCACGGUUUAUUCAAUCGGAGCUAGACCAAUUUGCACAAUUUCAACGAGACUUCCCGCCUCCGUCUAACAGACCUCGGGGAGUAUUGCUUGUGGUGGACCGUUCUAUGGACAUCUUCGCCCCUCUUCUCCAUGAAUUCACAUAUCAGGCCAUGGUGCAUGAUCUAUUACCAAUCAAGGAUGGGGAUAAAGUCACCUACAGAACCAAGGUUAACGAAGGUAAAGCGAAUGAAGAGGACAAGGACAUGGAGCUUGGCGAGCACGACAAGAUCUGGGUGGACUAUCGACACAUGCACAUGAAAGACGUGCUUGGUAAAUUAGGGGAUGACUUCGCCAAGUUCAGAAAAGCGAAUUCCCAGUUUGCUGAUGAUAACGACAAAACCAACGUUAAUACGAUCAAGGACAUGCUGGCAGGUCUGACCGAGUUUACGGAGGGCAAAGAUGCUUACACGUUGCACUUGAACAUGGCAGAAGAAUGUAUGAAAUUCUUCCAAACACGCAAGCUGUUGGAAGUAAGCUCCAUUGAGCAAUCUUUCGCCUCUGGCCUUGACGAGAAUUACAAGAAAGCCAAGAAUCUGGCUGCGCAGCUUGUCCAAUUGCUUGAUGACGAAUCGGUUGUGUCCCAAGACCGGCUUCGGUUAAUUCUUCUCUAUAUUCUGUACCGUGGAGGUUUGCUAGGUGGCGACAUUCGUAAACUGAUGUCCCAUGCAGAGCUCGCUGGACAAGACGGGAACGUUAUUGCUAACCUCGAUCUUCUCGGUGCGCGGGUAGAGAAACCUCUAAAGGAUGAGAGGCCCCCAGUGCAAUCGCUUUUCAACAAAAAAGCUCCAGUACCCGAGACUGAAGAAGUCAGUCUGUCUCGCUACGAGAUUGGUGUCAAACAGAUGCUGGAGGAACAAAUCCGAGGCACUUUGGAUCCAACGGUCUUCCCCUUCACCAGACCUCACACCGAAACUGAUGGCGGGAUGGCUGCUCAGGAUACAAUAACGCAGCAAGCAUCCCUACGCAGCGCCAAACCAACCUGGGCACGCACUCGAGCUGCCGACCAGCCCAAGCAGCGCCUGAUCGUCUUCAUGGCCGGAGGUGCCACCCAAUCCGAGGCGCGCACCUGCUAUGAACUCUCCCAGACCUAUGGUCGUGACAUCUUCCUGGCAACAACACACAUGUUGACCCCGGGACUCUUCAUGCGCCAAGUCGGCGACCUCAGUAUCGACAAGCGCCGCCUAGAUAUCCCAGCCGAGCGACCCAAGCCGUCUGCUCCAGCACACCUCUUCGAGCGCGAGGCACCGCCUGCUCCCAACCCUCAGCCAAAGAAAAAGGCCAUCUUCACAGCACACUCGACUUCGCCCGCGCCUCCGGAGGCCCUAAUGGCCGGUAUGAAUCUGGGAUCAAACGGAUCAAGCCCGGCAUCAACGUCGUCGGGAGGGAAAUUGCUCAGAAGAGACAAGGAUAAGAAAGAUAAGGAGAAGAAGGAUAAGGACAAAAAGGACAAGGAGAAGAAGUACCGCUUCUUCAAAUAG